GCCGAGCAAGAUUUUCAAGGGCAAGCCGAAGCUUCAAUCACUUAUUAUGGAUUAUUCAUUGCUCCUCAUUUACUUUUACAUGUUAUCCUUAAGAGAUCCAUCGCUAUGCAUAUCACACCUCUCCCCUAGAUAUCGAUGGGCUUGAAAGAAGCAGCUGCCAUCUUCUGGCUCGUAGUUCAUUUUGCAGUUGUGCGUCGAUGCACUCUUAAAUUUUGACUAGCCCUCAAACGACGCACUUCUCUCUUUCUCUAACCUCUAGGAGAAACACGAAGGUAAUGGACCAGGACCCAAAACCAGAAACCGAACUCCCGCUACGAGUCAUAGCAGCAAUCCUAAGUUAAGGCCAAGGAUUUAAGUCAGUGUUAUCAAGGUCAUAAUAUUUUGCAACUGAGUCGUGACGCUACUUUUUAUAUGUGCCCUAGUGUUUCACGGAUGUGCACGAAUAUGCCUACUACUCAUAUUCAGCAUAACAUGCUGCCACCUGGGACCUGCAGACCAUAUUGAGUCCGAUUCUAAUAGCCAUGAAUGCGACAGGCCGCAGAGACGUCAAAGAGUACAUCUUAUGGCACACAAGUCCCGUUGUCUAUUCAGUGGCUGCCUAAUUGAAAUAGAUACUGAGCUGAUUUCUGACGGCUUCACUUCUCUUCGUCUUUCAUCUGAACUAAGUAUGUGACCUACCUAGGAGACAGACUGGAGGGCGAGGCGCUGACUUAAGGGGCCUGGGAGGAGGGCCAAAAGGCUAAGCCAAGCCUCUUUUUCAAAUGAAGCCACACUCAAGGAAGUUAGCAAAGGCGCUUUGCUUGCAGUGUGACAUAUUAUCAGAGUAGUUGAUGUUGAUGUAGUACUAGUAUAUUUAACAGCCAGAGCCCAAUUUCUUAAGUUCUUUGGUCACCUACUUGAGACGACUCCUUCCACGUGCAUCACUAAAACUAAGAGUCCGUCCUUGUUCUUCUGAUCUGUCUCUUUAGCGAUCAACUUCGUUCACAGUCAGUUUCCAGAUGUGCGUUGAUUCUCACCCCUCACCUCGCCUCCUUGCGUGUGAGCCUCUGUAUGUUCCCUUUCAUUGAUCAACGACAAAGUCCGCACGUUUCCUUGGCUGCAGCAUAAUAUAGAGACGAGUCCUGCGCUCAAAAUAUGGCCUCAUACAUGAUAUUUAUCUAUGGAGAAAAAACCUUGCACAAGAAGCACGGCAGUGCCGUAAGUAUCCUCUUCUUGUGCAAGACACACGCUCAGAAGAAGCAUCAACAAAAAAGAAAGGCCUCGUCUCUAACAUUCAAAGAAGUGGUCCGGAUGUGCACCCAGGCGUACUUUGUUAUGGCUACAAUCAAGAAAAAUUGCGAGGAGCAACACAAAUGGAAUUUUCAUACACCCCAUCCUCAUCACGACCCGUUUUAUGCCCUUUAGUUACUAAUCUUGAUCAGCACUUGCAACAUGAGUCACACAUGUCAACUCAAGAUACAUAUGAGCAUGAGCAAAAUAACUGAUAAUCUCAAGCAGUGUUCCAUACUUACUGCUAUUAUGUUAUCACACAUCCCUACACAUCGACGCUCAAAAAGACUCAUAGACUCGCCUAGAUACUAUGUUUUAGUUUGCGGAUGGUAUCAGCUCAAGGUGCAAAUUUCUAAUGCCGCAGGAAAGCAACUACGCAAAGCUGAAUUCCAAACAGGCAUGUUUGAUUAUGGCUCGAGUCGCUUUUAGUUGAGCUUUUGGCUCGUUGCGCGCGCGGCGUGUCAGCUGUGCAUCUCUCUCCUUCAAGAGACCCGAGCAUCACUGCUUUUGAGUCUCUCCGUUGAUUUUGGGUUCUAGAGUGAUAUCUUGAAUGCAAAAGUGAAGAUAUCAUCCCUAUGCCUGGCGCAACCGCAUUCGAAGCAAUUGAACAAACUAAAAGCAGGAAGCAAUCCUACCCUUCAUCUGUAACCGUUUUACCUCGCUUUAAGGCUUAUUGCUACCUCUCUUGCAGGGUUGCAUAAGGCUGGUUUUAUCAUGAGUAAGCAUCUGACUGCCUUAUGUAAUCAGCAAAGUCUUGAGGUGGGACAAAAAAACCGCUAAGCAACCAUGUGGAAAGCGAAGCCGAAAAACUGGGCAUUAUUAAGGCUUACCUAAGUCAAUCACACUAACCAUAAACUUCCUCUGCUUGUGUACUUUCUUUGGCGCCCCCUUAAUUAUUGAUUAAUGGGGGAUACUAUGACCCCCGCAGUCAAAAUUCAUCUGUCCCAUGGCGACCUAUUCUAAAGCAGCCAAAACGCUCAACUACACAGACACGGACGGCAACUUGCAGACCCGGGUGUUCUUAUGGAUCUCCAGUGAAUAG